AUGCUGUCCUGCGUCCUGUUCCUUUCCAAGCAUAUCAGCGCGUCGCUGGUGUCCCUGCGCAGCGCGCGCCUUGGCUUCGCCCUCCCGCGGCGCUGGGCCACCAGGAGCCCCUGGGUUCCGAGGCCCGCAGCUCCCCUCCGACCCCGGGCAGCAGCCGCCUCCUCCAUGUUCGGGUCCGCCUCUGUCCCCUCCAGGAUACGCCAGAACUUACACCCGGACUCUGAGGCCGCCAUCAACCGCCAGAUCAACCUCGAGCUCUACGCGUCCUACGCGUACUUGUCCAUGGCCUUCUACUUCUCCAGGGACGACGUGGCCUUGAACAACUUCGCUGGCUACUUCCUUCGCCUGUCCCGGGAGGAGACCCAGCACGCAGAGAUACUGAUGAGGCUGCAGAACCAGCGGGGAGGCAGGAUCAACCUGCAGGACAUCAAGAAACCGGACACGGACGACUGGAAGAGCGGGCUGAACGCCAUGGAGUGUGCUCUGCUCUUGGAGAAGAAGGUGAACCAGUCAUUGCUGGAAUUGCACUCUCUGGCCUCAGAGAAAGGAGACCCCCAUUUGUGCGACUUCCUAGAAACUCACUAUCUAAAUGAUCAGGUGAAGUCUAUCAAAGAACUAGGUGAUCACGUGCACAACUUGAUUAAGAUGGGGGCCCCAGCUUGCGGCCUGGCAGAGUACCUUUUUGACAAACUUACCCUUGGAAAUGGAAACAAUCACAACUAA